CCCUGUGAAGUAGAUUGGGCUGAGAGAGAGUGACUGGCCAAAAUUAUUCAGCUGGCUUUCAUGGCUAAGGCAAGACUUGAACUGACAAACUUCUGCUUUCUAGCCUGGUGCCUUCAUCACUAGACUAAAUUCACCAAAUUGGCUCUUUCAGUUUAAUAAAUUAAAUUAUAAUAGACUAUCUUCUAGACCAGGCAUGUCAAACUCGCGAGGUCACAUGAUGUCGCAUGAUAUAUCACGACUUUCCCCAUUGCUGGCAAUAGGAUGGGUGUGGUUUUGGUAUGACAUAUCUGGCCCAUAGACUAGCAAUUUGACAUGCCUAUUCUAGACUGUUGAUUAGGUUUUGGUGGUCUUGUACAGUGUAGAAAUACUUUGAAUACUAUGAGUCUAUCCAUAAGAAUUUAAACAUAUCCUUUGUAUUUAUCCUUCCUCAAACAAUGUCUCAUGAAAUUCUACUGUCUUUCACAAGUAAUUUGCCAUGCAAUAUUUGGGGCUCAUGUUUAACAAAUCCAAAGUAUACUUAAAUAAUUACAUGAUAGCUAAACUCAGGUCAUUGGCCAAUAUGUCAGCAAGGUAAGAAAAAUACACAUUCUCAUGUAACAUUAUAGCAAACAUGAAAGCGCUAUUUUAAAAACUUAAUAUAACAUUGAGAUCUUUAUCAAAUAUAUUCUACAUUCUUAGACAAUUUUUUGAAAAGGUAAUCAGCUUGAAGGCUUUUUCCUGUCAUUUCUAAGAACAUUUAAAAAAACAUUUGUCAAUGUUAGCUUUUUUAUUGAUUUUUUUAAAAAAAUUGAUGAAGUAAACUCAAACUACAAUUGUUUUACAUCAUUAAGAUCUGACUACUAAAUGCUUAUUCUAACAACAUAUUUACAGAAGGUUCUUUAGAGAAGUUUUCUUCAUUUAUAAUGAAAAACAUUAAAUAAAUUGAACCUUUGAACAGAAUAAACACAGUAUUAACAUUUGGAUGUGCAUUUAAGAUUUACACAAAUUUAUAUUACAGAAAAGGUAAGUAAUAUAUCUUUCCAGUCAUUUAUAUAUUAAAAGUUGAAUUGUUUGUGUUUAACUUUAUCAUUUAAUUUAUAAAAAAGUUUAUAGAAAAGAUGAUGUGGCCUUGUGGUUAAGAUUCUGGGCUUGCGAACUGGAAGGUAGGCAGUUAAAAUCCCAAGCACUACAUGAUGGGAUGAACAGAAUUUGUGCGCCUCGGCAUAUAGGUAAUCCUUAAGUUACAAUAGUUCAUUUAGUGACCAUUCAAAGUUACAACAGCACUGAAAAAAAUGAAUAUGACACUUAAAAACCAUUGUAGCAUCCCCAUGGUCACAUGAUCAAAAUUCGGAUACUUGGCUGCUGACUCAUAUUCAGGAAGAUUGUACUGUCCCAAGGUCAUGUGAUCACCUUUUAUGACCUGACAAAGACUGGGAAAACCAGAUUCAUUUAACAACCAUGUUGCUAACUUAACAACUGCAGUGAUUCACUUAAUAAUUAUGGCAAGAAAGGUUGUAAAAUGGGGCAAAAUUCACUUAGCUGUUUUGCUUAGCAACAAAUUUUGGGCUCAUUGUCAUAAGUUGAAGGCUACUUGUAGUCAUAUUGGCCACAUGACCACAGAAGCAUCUUCAGACAACAUUGGCUCCCUCUGCAAGGAAACAGAUGAGCACUGUCCUAUAGAGUCUUAUAUGACUAGACGAAGCCUUAUAUAGAAAAAGCUUUAUAAUUUGGCAGAAUAUGCAAAUGAAACAGGCUAAUAUAUUAAACUAGGAAAUAUUUGUCUUAUAGAAAAGCACCAGCAAAUAUAUUUUCUAUGCUAUGUGCUCAUAUAUUUAAUUAGAUUUUAAUAGGAAAAAAAGUCUAAAAAAGCAAAGAGAGAUCAGAAGUCAUAUCAGUGAUAGAAGUGAAAUCUCACAAAGAGAAGACCUUGAUUGAUUAGGAAAUAGCCCUAAAAAAACCCUGAAAAUUGAAACGGAUAACACACUAACAUAAAGUGCAGUAGCUUAAUUUUUAUAUACAGUAUAUACUUAAAAUCAACUACAUAGACAUUUAUGUAUUCUGCUUGCCCUUUUGGAAAAUGGGGUACUGUAUAGCUACCACUGCAAAUGUCAUUCUCUGUUCCUUUCAAUUUGGCGUGUGGUUUGUGUCUGUUAAUCAAAGCUUGCUGUGAGAUUUAAGAGCAGAGGCAAUCUUUCAAGUGGGCUUUAGCUGUUCAGUGUUUUAAAAUAAAUAUUAGGAUCAUAUUUGGCAGCCAGAGAAAACAGCUUUUACUAAGUGGUGCAAUUACAUCAAGUAAAAAUUCCAAAAACAAACAUAUGCAGCAUUAAAAUGGUAAGACUUAGUAAGUAGCACAACUAUCUGGAUUAGCAGUUUUCAUUUUAAUUGUUGCAGUUUACUCUAUUGGAGUUUGAAAGCACAUUUUGAACUUAAAUUAACAAUUUCAUAAAAAAUAAGUAACAAUUCCCAAAUAUCAGAGAUUUUCUUUAAAAGCAAGUAAAUAGAAAUUUGGAGCCAGAUUGAUGUAGCCCAUUUGCAUCAGGCUAGAAAUUGGGAGGCCAUAAGUUCUGGUCCUGCCUUAAGCACAAAGUCAGUUGGAUGGUCUUGGGCUAAUCACUUUCUCUCUGACCUGGGAAAAAGGCAAUGGCAAACCACCUGUGAAAAAAUCUUGCCAAGAAAAUUGCAGGGAUCUGUCCAGGCAGUCUCCAAGAAUCAAAUGCAAUUAUAUGGAAAAAAUCUAAUUGAAAUGAUUAAUGUGUUCAUUAAUUAGUUAUUGAUGUUAAAUUGAUUCCUGAGAAUUUGUAAGCAGUAGGAAGCUUCCCUGCAACCUUCCAAAGUAAGCACAAGAGGGCAGUAAUAGAUAACGUUUUAAUAGCUUAUCUUCCCACGUGACCUGUGUAUAAGAAUUACCUAUCCAGCUGUUACCUUUGUAAGCAAUCUUUGUAUAAAUUACUCUCAGAAAUGGUAAACAACCAAACUAUUAUUUAUUUUUUCAAUAUUUUACUUGAUAAAUAUCCUACAUAUUACUUGCAUAGUUCUUUUCAGACUGAAUCCAACUUGCCACCAGAAAACUAUUGCUCCCCCCCACUUUUCAUAUAAAUACAAUCUGUACCUCAUGUUAUAUAGGCAAGUGUAACUUAGAUUACCAUAUAUUGAAGCAUGGAACAAAAUCAUAUUAAUGGUUUAGAUGCACACAGUGUAUAAGGUUUAUUUUUAGCUUAGUACAAUGUGUGAAUAGAGCCACUGAAAUUUAAGAAUGUAUGAACUGAAAUUUUACAGCUAAUUCAAUAAACUAUGAUUUUAAAAUCUGAUUUAGCACAAUAUGUAUUAAAACAACAUUUAAAUAGCUAGGAAAGUUUCCCCACUGCUUUGUGGGCAUAGUUAUGAAAUAUUAAUGAUAAAGCCUCUUUGUAGAAUACCUGUUUUAGCUUCAGGGAUCCAGACAUGAAUUAAUCCAAUGCUCUACAUAUAUAUUUUCCUGACAGUGAGUUACACUGCAGUUCAAUGGAGCAUGCUUUGAAUAAAACUUUGUAGUUAAGUCACUGUGGUAUUUUUUCAAAAGCCAACAAAUAAAAUUCUGUUCAACUCAUCCUCAGUGCUAUGAGGAAUUCAUGGAAAGUACAGUUUUAAAGAUUAAUAUGACAAAUUAAACAAAUCUGUAAUUGCUGAGAGUGAUUAUGGAUAAUUGUUUGCCAGAUAUUAAUAUGUAUGCAGGAAUGGUUUACUAUCUAUAUAUUUUGAAAUUUGAGAUUUUUGCUACACUUCUAUUCCUGCUUUAAAAAAAUAAAGCAGCAGGGAUGUGAUAUAAUUAUACAAUGUAAAAAGGAUAGCUUAGAAAUUAAACUAAAAUGGAAACAUGAAGUGUCAUAUUUUAAAUGAAGAACAAUGGAACUAUAGUGAUGCAUGAAUAAUAUAAAUAUAUUCUUGACUGAAAAUAAUUCUGCAUCAGUUAAUUGCAUCUGUUAUUCUGAUUUCUCCAAAGUUAAGUAGUACUACUGAUUCUUGUUAAAGUAACUGGACCUUGAUAAUAUAUCUUUCCCAGUCAUUUUCAUAGUGGAUAUUAAACUCCUGUAAAUAAACUGUCUCUUAAAAGCUAUUUAUAACAAAGAGGUUUUUUUUUUCAUUUUUUGGAUUUUUCUAAGGUUGUAAUUCAAAUAUAAACUUGUUAAUCAUAUAUGGAUAUUUCAGAUGCUGAAAAGGGUAUGGAAAAUGGAAAGCCACUUUAAGAUGCAGUAUUGUAUGAGCACAAUAAAGAAUUAUUGUUUUGUUAGCCUUUUAAAUUCUUGUGGAUUAGUUCAUCUAAAUUAAUUUCUACAACGGAAGUGUUUGUUUUCCUUUAGACUUGUACAAAAUGUGCUUUGCCCUAGUUAAAAAAACCAAACUUUUUACAGUUUCUAUCUUCAGUUUCAACAGCUAUUCAAAAUGGAAGAUAAUUAAAAACUCAGAAAUUUGGAAAAUAGGAAGAAGGGGGGGAGCGAUUCAUCCUCUUUCUCUGGGCACAACCCCUUUCCCAAACGGAUGCUUCGGCGCUGUAAGCUUUGAGGGGAGCAUUUGGCCCAGAGCAGAACUUGGCUGGGACCUCCCUGCUGCUUUGAUUGGCUGGAAGUUUUUUUUUUCGGUGCAGUUUUAUCAUAGGCGCGGAGAAAUUCGGGGCUAUUUGCUCAGUUUGGAGACAGAGGUGCGAUCCAUGCCGCUUCCUCCUCCUCCUCCCCCCCCCCGAGGUUUGGCGCAGAACAGCCAGAGGGCAGUUUGAGUCCGCUGGGUUGAGACCGCGACUCUUUUUCUUUUCACUUUCUUGCAGAAUUUGUUUUUAUCCUAUCGUUCCAUUAUUUCGUGGCCAUGGAGAACGGGGUGCCGUUUUACGAUCAACCCGGGACAUCGUCCGAAACGGGCAAGUGGCCCUGCACGGAACAGUGCACCCUCAAGAACUUGAGUAGCUGGCGAAUGUCCCUCAAGUUUUCGCAAGUGAUCCUAUCCUUCCUAGCUUUUGUUGCUGAAGAAGCUGUGAAGAGGUGCAACUCCUGUGCUGGACUUUACAUCUUUGAGUUUGCUAGCUGCACUGCCUUUAUUUUAAGCAUCUCAAUCCUGGUUUUAUACUGUACUGCUCUUUAUCAAAAGGCUGGAGAAGACAGAGUAACUUGUGUGGAUUUCUUUGUUGCUGCAACAGUAGGAUUGCUGUUCCUCCUGGCUUCAAUUAUAUUUACUGUAACUGCUGAGAAGGCACUGAUUGAAAAUACUGCAACUACAUUUGGUUACUGCGCAAGUACAUUAUUUCUUGUGGAUGCUGCCCAAAUAAUCAUGAAGCGUAUCGUUGAAGAAAAACUGCUGGAGACCAUUCCAACAGUUCGAUGCAAUCGACGUGAUCGACGUGAGAUUCGAAUGUUAAAUAAUCAGCGGGUCUAAGAUGUAAACCACAAUGGCUUUAUACUGCAUGCUGAUCAUAGUUGAAGAGAUACUGUCCUUUAAGAUGUAUAGGUAGUCCUCAACUUAUAACCAUUUGUUUAGUGACCAUUCAAAGUUACAAUUGCACUGAAAAAGUGACGUAU